AUGCUACAACCCAACUUCUGGUCUCCCUUCAUCCACCGCCGUCUCUACCGGUGCGCUGAGAACGGCAUGGCCGAGCCUCUCGGUAUUGCCCUGGCCUGUGUGUCGGCCUACUCGAACUCCGUCGAGUCCAGCCUUGACGAUCGUCCGGAAACCUGUCUCGCCGCCCUGCAUGCUGUUUGCAUGUAUCAGAUUUUGGGACUCUUUCGGGGGCCGUCCAUGGACAGCCAUAGAUCGGGGCAUAGCACGUUCUUCAAAGAUGGGCGUGAAGGGCGUCGCGACGACUUGGGCAAGGCCGCAGAACUUCACGGUUCCUUUUUACUGAAGAUGACUCGGGGACUCUGCAAGCUGUACCAAAAUGCUCUCGUCAGGAACGAAGCAGGCUGGCCCGAGUGGAAAUUUGCCGAAUCCCUCCGCCGCAACGUAUUCUUCGUCCACAUCAUUAAUAUACUCGCCGCCGAAGCUCGGAAGCUGCACCGUGACUACUUUGAGCCGUUGAAUGAUGCCAUGAUUCUACAGAUGCCCCUUCCAGCACCGGAGUACAUGUGGCGCGCCUGCAGCGAUGAGGAAUGGUCAGUGGCCCGCGAAUACGCUCGCCCGACAUCACCUACUCCGUGUACGCUCCAGGAGUUGCUUGACCUGAACCUUGCGGGAAGUUUGGACGUUGCGUCACUACAACCUUUAACAAGGAUGAUUUUGGCGUGUCAUAGAAUUCGGUCUAAGUUUAACGAUGCGGAUGAUUAA